UGCUAAAUGACAAAGCAAGGAAAACGUGUGGUCAGUAAACGCCUCUUCGUCGACACUUAUUGACACUUGGAGGCUUCCGUAGUAAAUCGUGUGGAAGCGAGUAGGAACGUUAGCACGGUCUUGUCAAGAGUAGCUUUACUUAUAUGGUCAUGAGGUAGAAAGCUACAACGAUGACGACUUGUGCCGAAGUCCGCUCCAUCUUUGAUUUUUGCCCUAAUGAUGAUGCUCUGGUUGGACUGAAGGAGGUGGACCGUGUUCUGCAGCAGACAAACACUGGGCCAGCGCCAUGCGGGUUAGAUGUUACAUGUCAGGAGGACGACAGACAGAGAGAGUCCAGCGUGGCCAGAGAGGUGUCGGACAAGAUGGGCUGCUCCGCCUGCAGGUGUCCCUUCAGUAACAGAGAGGAACAGAUGGAACACUACAAGCUAGACUGGCAUCGCUUUAACCUAAGACAGAAAAUGGCAGCAUUGCCCCCAGUUACUGUAGAGGAGUUUGAGAGGAAGACUGGUGCUGGAGACAUGUCAAGUAUUUCGGGCUCAGAGUCGGAUUCAGAGAACUCUGAUGGUGAUGUGGGAGACACGGGCAGCAACCUCACUGGCAAAGAUAAAGAGAGCUCAGCUGAUACCGGGUCAAUUACGGGCCGGACCGUCAGCAAGGUGCUUUUCCAGAACUCAUCAGGACAAUAUCUAUCAGUCUAUCGCUGCAUUCUGCAGGGAAAGUCAAAUAGUGAAGAGGAUGCAGCGGCCUCGCUAAUGUCUGUAGGAAAGAAGACUGUGUGGGUUGUUCUAAUGACGGGUGGAGGCCAUUUUGCUGGUGCUGUUUUUCAGGGCAAAGAAGUCCUUCAGCACAAGACCUUCCAUCGAUACACCGUUCGAGCUAAGCGAGGCACUGCUCAGGGGCUGAGAGACUCCCAGAAUCGCAGCCACGCGCCAAAAUCUGCAGGUGCCGCCCUGAGGCGUUACAAUGAGGCAGCGCUAGUCAAGGACAUUCAUGAUCUUCUGGGAGCCUGGACGGAGUUCUUGAAGGAGGCAUCUGCCAUAUUCGUACGAGCCCCCAGUUACAACAAGACCAUCUUUUUUGGCAGUCGAGCGUCUCCGCUUGACAAGAAGGACCCCAAGAUCCGUACGCUUCCCUUCGCCACACGCAGGGCGACGUUUCGAGAGGUACAGAGGGUACAUGAGGUGCUUUCCACGGUUAAUGUUUACGGGAGAGACACGGACAUGUCUGCAGUCUUCAGUCCAUUGAAAAAGACAUGGAAAAAAACUGUCAAACCUGCAGCACAAAUACACCCCGAUCCAGAAACAGGAGAAGAUCAUGACAACAUGGAUGAGGAUGAAGAUAAGGCCGAAGGUGAGAUCCAGUUGGAGAUGGUGCAGAUGACACUGGGGACCUUGGACCUCAGAGAAUUUGAAAUCUAUCCGUCCAGACACAAGAAAAGAAGGAGGAGGAAAAAGGAACAUGUGAAAACACAAAAUAAGGAAUCGAGUAAAGUGGAAGCAGAUGAUCAAGAAGAGGAGGUGCCAGAAGCUACUCCAGCAGAAGACACCACCCAGGAAAAAACAACGGACAAGAGGAAGAGAAAAGCACUGAAUGUAAACCACCUGCAAGAAAGUGUUGAUGAAUCCUGGGAGUACGGUCUCAGGGAUGACCUCUUCACAGCCUGCAAGGUUGGAGACGUGGAUGCUCUGAGCAGGCUCCUCAAGCUACCUGGAGAAGAUUCAGUUAGUCAUGAGGGGUCAGAGACGAAUCCAUCUGAUUCACCAAGUCCUCUGACCCUCCUUAACAAGCCAAUAGACUCCCUGGGGUUCACUUUACUGCACGUUGCGUCAGCAGCUGCCCAAAAGCCAGUUGUUAGACUGCUUCUGGAUGCAGGGGCAGAUCCAGCCUGCAGGGAUGACAAUGGCCAGACCCCAUACACGGUUGCCCCUGACAAAGACACCAGGAAUGUCUUUCGCAAAUACAUGGGAGAGAAUCCUGACAAAUAUGACUAUAGCAAGGCACAGGUCCCCGGGCCUCUAACCGCCGAGAUGGAAUCCAAAUUGACAGAGAAGAGAAAAGCGCAAAAGGCACAGAAAAAACAGCGGGAGAAGGAGCAGCGGGAGGAGAAGAAGAAACAAGAGCUGGAGGCAGAGGAAAAGAAGAGGUUUGCGUCUCUGACUGAUCGUGAAAAGAGAGCUCUGGCUGCUGAGAAGAGAUUAGCAGAGCAGGUAGCGGCCACAGGAGUCAGCCUCUCCAACGUCCAGAGGUGCUGGCUGUGCGGUGAGUCUCUGCUUGGGAAGAUCCCCUUUCAGUACCUGGAGUAUUCCUUCUGCACGCCUCGCUGUGUUCAGGCACAUCGAAAGGCAAAUGCUGCUCCAGGCAAGACCUAACGCCUGUGAGGAGAGUUUUAUUUUAAAGGAAUGUUCCUCAAAGACCGCUAAGUCUCCUCCAUCAUGGCUUUCUCUCUACACGGUGCUACUUAAAUAAGAACUAGAAACUUAAAUGAUUUUAUAAUUGCAGAGAAUCUUGGAUAACCACAGAAAACUGUCCAAAUCAUUUGCAAUAAAACACAGAUGUUUAUA